GAAAUAAUCCCGCAUCCUGGCGGCGCGGCCUCUUACGAGCUCAUCGUCGUCGGCAGCCAAAUUCCAUUUUCACCUGCUAAUUGGAGCUUCGGAACGAGCACUAGAAUCCGAUUGCAUUCUCUCAUUUUCAGUUUGCUUGAGGAGGAAUUGCUAGCUGAGAUGUAUGGUGCUGACCGUUUGUGCCAUGGAUAGUUAGGGAAAGGUUUCGUUUUGUGCCAUGCCAUGAGCUUCGUGUAUUUUAGAUGUUGUGUUCUUGAACAUCUUCUCCUGUUUUUCCUACAUCAGAACUCCACAGAUUACACAUGGAACCAGAAGAACCCACUGCCAUCAGAACCACCUUGGACUCUCCAUCUUUGUCACCACAGCCCCGUCAGAUUUGCAGCACUUGUGACCGCCCAUUCCUAGUAUGCCUGUGUCAUGCCCUCCCAACCACUCCACUCCCGACCAGAACCAAGGUGCUGAUCCUCCAACACCCCCACGAGUCACGUCAUAAGCUCAACACGACCCCUCUCAUUUCUAAAUCCCUCCAAAAUGCCACCAUUAUCUCUUCUCGUAGGCUCCAACCCCAUCAUGUCGCUGAUCACUCCACUCCUGCUAUCUACCUCUUUCCCCCCUCUCCUUCCACACCCACCUACGCCCUCUCUGAACUCCAAUCCUCCAAUCUCCUUAACUACCAAACUACCCCACUGCUUCUAAUAGUCUUUGACGGCACCUGGAAGCAUGCUAAGGAGAUGGUUAGUGCAAGCGAGGGGGUUUUGAAGGGUUUUGCUUUGAGAGUAUCCUUGGAUGGAGUUGAUGAAAAUGCCACUGGUGGGAGUAUUUACAACAAUGAAUUGGUUUUGAGGAAGGAGCCAUUUGGAGGAUGUGUGAGUACAUUGGAGGCGGUGGCUAGGUGCUUGGGGGUCAUUGAGCCCAACGGAAAGCUGAUUGAAGAGGUCUUGAUUGGGAUUCUGAGGGAGAUGGUAAGAUUGCAAGCUGGAUUCUUGAAGCCACUCAAGCCCAGGCCCAAGUUGUUGAAGAAAAGCAAGCAAAAGGACAGUGAGCCAUAGAUGGAAUUUGCCCCUAUUAUUUGACACAUCAACUGAUCAAUGCAUAAACAAGCUGGCACAUUGGAGCUCUGAGGACAAAAGCACAAGCAAAUCCAAAAUCCUUACUAGGUGACAAAACAUUGGUCAUUGUUGUGUAAUCCAAUGAUACUGGCUUACCUAACACUUAAAUCCCACCCAUUAUAAUAAGAUAUUAUCAGCUCG